AUGUUGGCACAAAAGGUUGAACUUAAAGGUGAAUACAUUAUUGAAAUAAGAGAUCAUCCAAAUUUAGUUUUGGGUGUAGCUGACAGUUCUAUUGGUACGCGGGUAACAGUCCAGAAAAUGUCCCUUAAUCCAAGCGGUGACCCAAAACAGCUUUGGAAAUUAGCAAAAUUAUUUAAUUAUUUUAAUUUUUAUUUUCUUAAAAACGUUGACAGUAAUUUGUAUAUGAAUUUGGAUGGAAAUUCAUUGAUUGUUACACAACGCGAAUACACGGGUAAUGAUGAUCAAUGGUUUUGGAUGGAUUCAAUUAAUGGUCUCAAUGCGACUAUGAUUGGAAAUGAAUCAGAGAAACGAACAAUGUAUCUGAAAUUUACCGAUGAAAAUAAUGAGCCAGGUUUAUUAAUCAUAAUAUAG